ACCAAAAAAAAACAUUACACUAUACACACAAAACAUAACAUUUAUUAGGUAAUUUACCAACAAUUAUUACCUUACCACGUAUAUUCUUCUCAAUUUAAUUCAAAAAAAUGACAGAAAUUAGCAAAAUCCCAAACCUCAAAGAAACCCUCCUUAUUACCCCAAACCCUGAUGGAACCUUCACUCGUCCCUUUGACAUCUACCCUACCGUCCCUCCUUCCACCGAUGACCCCGAUUCUCCUUCUCUUUCAAAAGAUGUAACUCUCAACUCCGAAAAAUCGACUUGGGUUCGAGUUUUCUUGCCUCGACUUUUCCUUAACUCAUCAUCCUCCUCUUCUUCAAAGAAGAAAAGUCCUAUUAUAGUGUACGUUCAUGGCGGUGGCUUUGUUGUUGCUAGUGCCGCACACCCGAACUUCCAUGAUUUCUGCUCUUACGCAGCAAGCCAGCUCGCUGCGCUGGUUGUCUCGGUUGAGUACAGGCUCGCCCCUGAGCAUCGUCUUCCUGCAGCGUACGACGAUGUUCUGGAGGCUUUGAAAUGGGUGAAAGAGGGCAAGGAUGAGUGGAUACAAGAGUACGGUGACUUAUCGAGUUGUGUUAUGAUGGGUGACAGUGCAGGAGGUAAUAUAGUUUAUCAUACUGGACUAAUGGCCGCAGCUCGAGUGGAUGAAUUAAAACCGUUGAUGAUAAAGGGUUUGAUUUUGAUCCAACCGUAUUUUAGCGGUUUGAAACGAACCGAGUCCGAGCUCCGUUCGGAAAAUGAUCCUGUUUUGAAACUUGAAAUUAGUGAUUUGUGUUGGGAAAUCUCUUUGCCGAUUGGGGCAAACCGGGGUCAUGAGUAUUGUGACCCUGUUAAAGAUGGUGGUUCUAGUUUAUUGGAUCGGGUUCGAGAGUUGGGUUGGCGGGUUUGGGUGGUGAGUUGUGAUGGCGACCCGCUUUUUGAUCGGAGUGUGGAGUUGGUGAAGUUGAUGGAGAAGAGAGGGUUGAAAGUUAAGUCUAAGCUUCGUGAAGGUGGUCAGCAUGGGAUGUUUGUGGGUCAUCCUUCUAAAUUUAAGGCAGAUGAAUUGUUGGAUUUUGUUAAAGGCUUUUUCUCUUAAAUUCUUGGUGAUUUUUGCUAUAAAAAAAAAAAAAAAAAAAAAGUUAUUAGUGAUUUAUUUAUUUGUCUUUAGAUAAGUAUCAUUUUAUGUAAGCAAAAAUAAAGGACUACAACUUUUCACA